AUGAAAUCUGUAUUUGUGACCACUGGAGCAACUGUUCCAUUUGUUCCCCUUAUCGAACUGUUCCUUGAUGACGAUAUUUUAAACAGCUUAAUCAAUCAUGGAUUUUCUAAACUGGUCGUUCAGUAUGGCAAUGCACCCCAGGAUCUUGUUGAUAAACUGAUGGCCAAAAACAAAACCUUUAACCCCAGGCUCGAAAUAUCAGGGUUUACAUUCAAGAAAGAAUUCAUUGAAGAAAUUAACAAGCACGAUUUGGUUAUUUCUCAUGCUGGAACUGGCUCAAUUUUGGAUGCCGCGCGACAAAACAAGCCACUAAUCGUAGUCGUUAACCCCGCGCUCAUGGACAACCACCAGCUGCAAAUUGCCACUGCACUUUCAGAUAAAAACCAUCUGAUUAGUUGUCCCAAACCAGACAAGGAUUUACUUCUUGCUGCGCUGAAUGAGACCCUUCCUACAUAUGAGUUUGAAAGACUUCCUCCUCCCAAUGGUGAGGCAUUUUCUAAACUAGUAUACGCGAGAGCUGGUCUGGUCCCAAAAAAGGACUAA